AUGUUUUCCCAUUUUUCAUUCCUUACAUCUGCCUGCCACAAUUGCAUUUUCCUCAGUGUCCCACCACUUGACCACCUUUUCCUUGUAGUCCCUACCACUUUGCCACAAUGUUUUCCUUUUUUCAUUUCCUUACAUCUGCCUGCCACAUAUGUAUUUUUCCUCAGUGUCCCACCACUUGAUCCAAGCACCUUUUCCUUUCCCUACCACUUUUGCCACAAUUCUUCCCCUUUUCAUUCCUUACAUCUGCCUGCCACAAUUGUAUUUUCCUCAGUGUCCCACCACUUGAUCCAAGAACAUUUUCCUUGUAGUCCCAACCACUUUUGCCACAAUGUUUUCCUUUUUCAUUCCUUACAUCUGCCUGCCACAAUUUCCCUCAUUCUUUUUAUGACACAAUUUUCCUUUGUAGUUUCCUUUUCCUUUUCAUACAUUGCCUGCCACAAUUGUAUUUUUACAUCUGCCUGCCACAAUGUUUUCCAUUUUCCUCAGUGUCCCACCACCUCAGAUCCAAGAACCCAUUUUCCUUGUAGUCCCUACCACUUAUGCUUUUCACAAUCUGCUUCCCCAGUGUUUUCACCUUUUCCUUACAUCUGCCUGCUUUUUCAUUCCUUAAGUGCAUUUUUCCUCAGUGUCCCACCACUUGAUCCAAGAACCUUUUUCCUUGUAGUCCCCACCACUUUUGCCACAAUGUUUUCCUUUUCAUUCCUUACAUCUGCCUGCCACAAUUGUAUUUUCCUCAGUGUCCCACCACUUGAUCCAAGCACCUUUUCCUUUGUCCCACCACUUGAUCCAAGUACCUUUUUCCUUGUAGUCCCUAUCACUUUUUGCCACAAUGUUUUCCUUUUUCAUUCCUUACAUCUGCCUGCCACAAGUGUACUUUCCUCAGUGUCCCACCACUUGAUCCAAGCACCUUUUCCUUGUAGUCCCCACCACUUUUGCCACAAUGUUUUCCCUUUUCAUUCCUUACAUCUGCCUGCCACAAUUGUAUUUUCCUCAGUGUCCCACCACUUGAUCCAAGUACCUUUUCCUUGUAGUCCCCACCACUUUUGCCACAAUGUUUUCCCUUUUCAUUCCUUACAUCUGCCUGCCACAAUUGUAUUUUCCUCAGUGUCCCACCACUUGAUCCAAGCACCUUUUCCUUGUAGUCCCUACCACUUUUGCCACAAUGUUUUCCUUUUUCAUUCCUUACAUCUGCCUGCCACAAUUGUAUUUUCCUCAGUGUCCCACCACUUGAUCCAAGCACCUUUUCCUUGUAGUCCCUACCACUUUUGCCACAAUGUUUUCCUUUUAAUUCCUUACAUCUGCCUGCCACAAUUGCAUUUUCCUCAGUUCCCCACCACUUUUUGCCACAAUGUUUUCUUUUUUCAUUCCUUACAUCUGCCUGCCACAAUUGUAUUUUCCUCAGUGUCCCACCACUUGAUCCCUUUUCCUUUUACCACUUUUGCCACAAUGUUCCUUUUCAUUCCUUACAUCUGCCUGCCACAAUUGUAUUUUUUCCUCAGUGUCCUUUUCCAAGCACCUUUUCCUUGUAGUUCCACUUUUUACAUCCUUUUCAUUCCUUACAUCUGCCUGCAAGUGUAUUUUUUCCUCAGUGUCCCACCACUUGAUCCAAGAACCUUUUCCUUUCCCACCACUUUUGCCACAAUGAUUUUCCAUUUUCAUUCCAAUGUUUUACAUCUGCCUGCCACAAUUGUAUUUUCCUCAGUGUCCCACCACUUGAUCCUUUUCCUUGUAACUUUUGCCACAAUGUUUUCCUUUUUUCAUUCCUUACAUCUUCCUUGUGUAUUUUCCUCAGUGUCCCACCACUUGAUCCAAGCACCUUUUCCUUGUAGUCCCAACCACUUUUGCCACAAUGUUUUCCCUUUUCAUUCCUUACAUCUGCCUGCCACAAUUGUAUUUUCCUCAGUGUCCCACCACUUGAUCCAAGCACCUUUUCCUUGUAGUCCCUACCACUUUUGCCACAAUGUUUUCCCUUUUCAUUCCUUACAUCUGCCUGCCACAAUUGUAUUUUCCUCAGUGUCCCACCACUUGAUCCAAGCACCUUUUCCCACUUUGCCACAGUCCCUUUUCACCACAUUUGCCUGCCACAAUGUAUUUUCCUCAGUGUUUUCAUUUUCCUUACAUCUGCCUGCCACAAUUUUUUCCUUUUCAUUAUUUUCCUCAGUGUCCCACCACUUGAUCCAAGCACCUUUUCCUUGUAGUCCCUACCACUUUUGCCACAAUGUUUUCCCUUUUCAUUCCUUACAUCUGCCUGCCACAAUUGUAUUUUCCUCAGUGUCCCACCACUUGAUCCAAGUACCUUUUCCUUGUAGUCCCCCACUUUUUGCUUUUGUACAUCUGCCUGCCACAAUUGUAUUUUCCUCAGUGUCCAAUUCUUUCCUUUUUCACUUUUCACAAUGUUUUCCUUUUUCAUCUGCCUGCCACAAUUGUGUAUUUUCCUCAGUGUCCCACCACUUGAUCCAAGCACCUUUUCUUUGUAGUCCCUACCACUUUUGCCACAAUGUUUUCCCUUUUCAUUCCUUACAUCUGCCUGCCACAAUUACACAAUGUUUUCCUUUUCAUUCCUUACAUCUGCCUGCCACAAGUGUACUUUCCUCAGUGUCCCACCACUUGAUCCAAGCACCUUUUCCUUGUAGUCCCCACCACUUUUGCCACAAUGUUUUCCCUUUUCAUUCCUUACAUCUGCCUGCCACAAUUGUACUUUCCUCAGUGUCCCACCACUUGAUCCAAGCACCUUUUCCUUUGCAGUCCACCACCUUUCUUUUCCUCAGUGUCCCACCACUUGAUCCAAGAACCUUUUCUUGUAGUCCCCACCACUUUUGCCACAAUGUUUUCCCUUUUCAUUCCUUACAUCUGCCUGCCACAAUUGUAUUUUUCCUCAGUGUCCCACCACUUGAUCCAGAACCUUUUCCUUGUAGUCCCCACCACUUUUGCCACAAUGUUUUCCCUUUUCAUUCCUUACAUCUGCCUGCCACAAUUGUAUUUUCCUCAGUGUCCCACCACUUGAUCCAAGCACCUUUUCCUUGUAGUCCCAACCACUUUUGCCACAAUGUUUUCCUUUUUCAUUCCUUACAUCUGCCUGCCACAAGUGUACUUUCCUCAGUGUCCCACCACUUGAUCCAAGCACCUUUUCCUUGUAGUCCCUACCACUUUUGCCACAAUGUUUUCCUUUUUCAUUCCUUACAUCUGCCUGCCACAAUUGUAUUUUCCUCAGUGUCCCACCACUUGAUCCAAGCACCUUUUCCUUGUAGUCCCUACCACUUUUGCCACAAUGUUUUCCUUUUUCAUUCCUUACAUCUGCCUGUCAAUUUCCCUACUGCUUUUGCCACAAUGUUUUCCUUUUCAUUUUACAUCUGCCUGCCAACAAUUUGUAUUUUCAGUGUCCCACCACUUGAUCCAACCUUUUUCCUUGUAGUCCCUACCAUUUCCUUACAAUGUUUUCCUUCCCCAUCAUAUUUUCCUUUUCUUUCCCUUUUACAUCUGCCUAGCCACAUUUUGCCAAUUUCCCUACCACUUUUGCCACAAUGUUUUCCUUUUUCAUUUCCUUACAUCUGCCUGCCACAAUUGUAUUUUUCCUCAGUGUCCCACCACUUGAUCCAAGCACCUUUUCCUUGUAGUCCCCACCACUUUUGCCACAAUGUUUUUUUCCCUUUUCAUUCCUUACAUCUGCCUGCCACAAUUGUAUUUUCCUCAGUGUCCCACCACUUGAUCCAAGCACCUUUUCCUUGUAGUCCCCACUUUUGCCACUUUUGUCACAAUUUUUUCCCUUUUUCAUUCCUUACAUCUGCCUGUCCCCACAAGUGUUUUUUCCUUUCCUCAGUGUCCCACCACUUGAUCCAAGAACCUUUUCCUUUGUCCCACCACUUGAUCCAAGCUCCUUUUCUUGUGGUCCCUACUUUUGUGUUUUCCCAUUUCUUUUUUCCUUGUAUUUUCCUCAGUGUCCCACCCUUGAUGAUCCAAGAACCUUUUCCUUUCCCUAUCAUAUUUUGCCACAAAUGUUUCCCUUUUCAUUCCUUACAUCUGCCUGCCACAAUUGUAUUUUCCUCAGUGUCCCACCACUUGAUCCAAGCACCUUUUCCUUGUAGUCCCUACCACUUUUGCCACAAUGUUUUCCUUUUUUCAUUCCUUACAUCUGCCUGCCACAAUUUCCCUACCACUUUUUGUCACAAUGUUUUCCCUUUUCAUUUCCUUACAUCUGCCUGCCACAAUUGUAUUUUUUCCUCAGUGUCCCACCACUUGAUCCAAGCACCUUUUCCUUGUAGUCCCCACCACUUUUGCCACAAUUUUUUCCCUUUUUCAUUCCUUACAUCUGCCUGCCACAAUUUCCCACCACUUUUGACACAAUGUUUCCCUUUUCAUUCCUUACAUCUGCCUGCCACAAUUGUAUUUUCCUCAGUGUCCCACCACUUGAUCCAAGAACCUUUUCCUUGUAGUCCCCCAUCUUUUUGCCACAAUGUUUUCCUUUUUCAUUUUUCCUUACAUCUGCCUGCCACAAGUGCAUUUUCCUCAGUGUCCCACCACUUGAUCCAAGAACCAUUUCCUUGUAGUCCCAUCACUUUUUGCAAUUCAAUGUUUUCCUUUUCAUUCCUUACAUCUGCCUGCCACAAUUGCAUUUUCCUCAGUGUCCCACCACUUGAUCCAAGAACCCUUUUCCUUGUAGUCCCUACCACUUUCCAAGAACAAUCUUUUACCCUUUUUUUCAUUUCCUUACAUCUGCCUGUCCACAAUUGUAUUUUUCCUCAGUGUCCCACCCUUGAUCCAAGCACUUUUUCCUUUGUAGUCCCCACCACCACAAUGUUUUCCCUUUUUCAUUUUCUUACAUCUGCCUGCCACAAUUGCAUUUUCCUCAGUGUCCCACCACUUGAUCCAACACCUUUUCCUUUGUCCCACCACUUGAUCCAAGUACCUUUUCUUGUAGUCCCUACCACUUUUGCCACAAUGUUUCCCAUUUUUCAUUUCCUUACAUCUGCCUGCCACAAAGCAUUUUCCUCAGUUGUCCCACCACUUGAUCCAAGAACCUUUCCUUGUAGUCCCCAUCACUUUUGCACACAAUGUUUCCCCUUUUCAUUCCUUUACAUCUGCCUGCCACAAUUGCAUUUUUCCUCAGUGUCCCACCACUUGAUCCAAGAACCUUUUCCUUGUAGUCCCCAUCACUUUUUGACACAAUUCUUUCCCUUUUCAUUCCUUACAUCUGCCUGCCACAAUUGUAUUUUCCUCAGUGUCCCACCACUUGAUCCAAGAACCUUUCCUUGUAGUCCCCACCACUUUUGUCCACAAUUUUUCCCUUUUCAUUCCUUACAUCUGCCUGCCACAAUUGUAUUUUCCUCAGUGUCCCACCACUUGAUCCAAGAACCUUUUCCUUGUAGUCCCCCAUUAUUUUUGCACAAUGUCUUUUCCCCUUUUCAUUCCUUACAUCUGCCUGCCACAAUUUCCCUACCACUUUUGCCACAAUGUUUUCCCCUUUUCAUUCCUUACAUCUGCCUGCCACAAUUGUAUUUUUCCUCAGUGUCCCACCACUUGAUCCAAGCACCUUUUCCUUGUAGUCCCCCCACUUUUGCCACAAUGUUUUCCCUUUUUCAUUCCUUACAUCUGCCUGCCACAAUUUCCCUACCACUUUUGACACAAUUCUUCCCUUUUCAUUCCUUACAUCUGCCUGCCACAAGUGUAUUUUCCUCAGUGUCCCACCACUUGAUCCAAGAACCUUUUCCUUGUAGUCCCCACCAUUUUCCUCAGUGUUUGAUCCACACAAUGUCCCUACCACUUUUUCCUUUUCAUUCCUUACAUCUGCCUGCCACAAUUUUGUCCCACCACUUGAUCCAAGAACCAUUUCCUUGUAGUCCCCACUUUUGCCACAAUGUUUUCCUUUUUCAUUCCUUACAUCUGCCUGUCACAAGAGCAUUUUCCUCAGUGUCCCACCACUUGAUCCAAGAACCAUUUCCUUGUAGUCCCUACCACUUUGACACAAUGUUUUCCUUUUUCAUUCCUUACAUCUGCCUGCCCAAAUUUUUUUUCAGUGUCCCACCACUUGAUCCAAACACCUUUUCCUUUGUCCCUGCCACAAUUGACAUUUUCCUCAGUGUCCCACCACCUUUUCCUUGUAGUCCCCCAUUAUUUUGCCACAAUUCUUUUCCUUUUCAUUCCUUACAUCUGCCUGCCACAAUUGCAUUUUCCUCAGUUCCCCAUCAUUUUUGCCAAUGUUUUUCCCUUUUUCAUUCCUUACAUCUGCCUGUCACAAUUGCAUUUUCCUCAGUGUCCCACCACUUGAUCCAAGCACCUUUUCCUUGUAGUCCCUACCACUUUUGCCACAAUGUUUUCCUUUUUCAUUCCUUACAUCUGCCUGCCACAAUUGUAUUUUCCUCAGUGUCCCACCACUUGAUCCAGUCUUUCCUUUUCAUUUUCCUUUCCCAACGACUUUGCCACAAGUUUUCCCAUUCCUUACAUCUGCCUGCCAAUAUUUUCCUCAGUGUCCCACCACUUGAUUCCCUUUUCCUUGUAGUCCCUUACAUCACAGUUUUUCCUUUUCAUUCUUUACAUCAGCCACAAUUUGUCCCACCACUUGAUCCAAGCACCUUUCCUUGUGUAGUCCCCACCACUUUUGCCACAAUGUUUUCCUUUUCAUUCCUUACAUCUGCCUGCCACAAUUGUAUUUUUUCCUCAGUGUCCCACCACUUGAUCCAAGCACCUUUUCCUUGUAGUCCCUACCACUUUUGCCACAAUGUUUUCCUUUUCAUUCCUUACAUCUGCCUGCCACAAUUGUAUUUUUCCUCAGUGUCCCACCACUUGAUCCACACACCUUUUCCUUGUAGUCCCAACCACUUUUGCCCACAAUGUUUUCCUUUUCAUUCUUCUGCAUCUGCUCAGUGUCCACAAGUGUCCCUUUUUUCAUUGUCCCACCACAAAUUGUACUUUCCUCAGUUUCAAGAACCAUUUUGUAGUCCCCAACACUUUUGCCACAAUGUUUUUCUUUUUUCAUUCUUACAUCUGCCUGCCACAAUUGUAUUUUCCUCAGUGUCCCACCACUUGAUCCAAGCACCUUUCCUUGUAGUCCCAACCACUUUGCCACAAUGCUUUUCCUUUUCAUUCUUAUAA